CGUUUCCGGGACCUUCACUGGAUUUUACAUUCCGCUUCCCCCUUUACCAACCGGGCUAGGUCCUUCGAAUUAUAUCCAUAACAAUAUCACCGACGUUUUUUUUUGGGGAUUAGUAUUGUUAGUAUAUGGUUUGAUUUAACGAUUUUUAUUUGGGAAUUUGUCCUGUAAUAAACAGUUUAUUGGUUGGACUCUUCAAUUAGACAAAUAUGUCGGCUGCGGCCGCCGGAGGGGCGUCCUCUUGCAUCGGCGCCGCCGCUGCCAGUUCUAGUUCAGCCGGGAACUCCUAUGUGGCAGCGGGCGGAGGUGUGGGAAUAGCAGGCAGGCUACCAAGUCGGGUUCUGGAGCAUGUGUUUUCCUACCUGGACUUGAAUGAUCUAAUGCGGUGCUCCUUGGUUUGCUGGCACUGGAACAACUGUCUUGCGGACGAAAACAGCGAGGUGUGGCGGAGUCUUUGCGCUCGCUCUCUCAGUGAAGAGGCACUGCGCUCUGACAUACUCUGCAAUCUGCCAACCUACAAGGGAAAGCUCAAGUCCUACCAGCAUGCGCUGAGUUCUCAUGACUGCUCACGCAACGUGUACGUUAAGAAAAACGGCUUCACCCUACACCGCAACCCCAUUGCCCAGAGCACCGACGGAGCCCGUGGAAAAAUCGGCUUCUCAGAGGGACGCCAUGCCUGGGAGAUCUGGUGGGAAGGGCCACUGGGGACCGUGGCGGUGAUUGGCAUUGCCACCAAGCGCGCGGCCAUGCAAUGCCAGGGAUACGUGGCCCUCCUGGGUAGCGACGACCAAAGCUGGGGCUGGAACCUGGUAGAUAACAACCUACUCCACAAUGGGGAGGUCAACGGGAACUUCCCCCAGUGCAACAACGCACCCAAGUACCAGUGUAAUGGUGUCCGUCCACAGAUCGGGGAGAGGAUACGAGUGAUUCUGGAUAUGGAUGACAAGACGCUGGCCUUUGAGAGAGGCUUUGAGUUUCUGGGAGUGGCCUUCCGGGGUCUGCCUAAAGCCUGCCUCUUCCCGGCGGUCUCAGCUGUCUAUGGCAACACAGAGGUGACCAUGGUCUAUCUGGGCAAGCCUCUGGAUGGCUAGCACUGCCAAAAGAGCCACAUCAGAGUUGGUGUACAGAGGAUAAUGACUUUGAUGGUGGACACAGAGAGAACUGUAACUAACAUUCCAUACCCACAGGAAUGGAACCUAAAUAUUGGCAUUGGACAGGGGUGAUCAUUGAUGGACAGGAGUGAUCGUUGAUGGACAGGAGUGAUCAUUGAUGGACAGGAGUGAUCAUUGAUGGACAGGAGUGAUCAUUGAUGGGCCAGAGGGAAGGAAAGCGGGGGACUGGGGGUUGUUUAAAGGCGGUUCUGUCUCAAAAUGGAAGUUAUCCACUUCAGCUGCUGAACUAUUUUAUUUACAGUACAGGAGGACUUAUUUUAUGAAGUAAUAACACUGCUAAAUCCUGGAAAUGCGGUUGGUUGAAUGUUCCUUUAAGGCCAAACCAAAUAUGAACCGUGGCAAAUAUGUGAAGACACAAAAAAAAUCAUCAUCAUGAUUAUAAGGUAUAUGACAAUGUAUAUUUGGCAAUGUAAGCUGUCACAUGUCCAGAGCACAAGUGUAACUGCCAUGGAUGGAGAAACAACGGGACAUGGAAUUAACCCAUGCCAAAAUGACGCAGCUUGAUUGACCUUUGACCCUUUCAUAUGACUUCAUACAGUGUGGGGCACCUGACUUCUGCCAACUUACAAUUAAUGCCAAGAAAGACUGCUUCAUAGGCAAAGCUAACCAUGCGCAUGCAUUGCAUUAUAACAGAAAUGUUCUUAUCCACUGUAUAGAUGAGAGGAGAUGACACUACCAUCGGUUCAAUGCUACUCUGCAUACAUUUUAAUGACAGUAGUAUUUGUUGUAGUAUUUCAUUAUAUUUAUUUCUAGGUUUUAAUCUGUGGUACUAUUGAAUAGGUCAACAAACCUUCAAAUAAAAUCUACCUGGUGCCAGUU